AUAGAAUUCAACACAUAAUAGUAGCUGUAAAUGAACGCUGCCACUGAUGUCAGUGACGCGCCCAUUCGAUCUCUCUUUGCACAUACCGAUGAGGCGUGAAGCAGAUGAUUGGAGCUGUGUGUGCAUGAGGAGGGCAACACAGACUCAUCAGCUUCGAACAGACGUUGGCCGCCGCUUAAGUCCAAGAGACAGCGGUCAUGGACGGUGUUGACGGGAACCCCACCGAAGUACCGCAAGGUACACAACCUUCCGUGACACCUCAGCCUACUCCGAAGCAAGACGCCAACAAGGGGAUCUCGAGACCCGCCAGCCUUCGGUCGGCCCGUAGCGUCGUGGGAAGCUCGUCGUGUGCGUCAGCCUUGAGCCGGGCAGCCCCUUCUCUCAUAUCACGGUUAUCGGCGCCUGCCACAGGUCGAACCACGGCCACGGCGACAAGUACUUCGCCCUCCUUCUCCGACGGUUUUGGGCAAGGCCCCACAUCAAAGGAGAGUGCCCUUUGCGCGACCCUGAAUACCACGGGCGGAAACAUCGCUUCUCUCGAUUUAGCAAAUUCUGGACCAUCAGGACAACUGCAGGGUAACAGUCGCUACGACGCCGAAAGCAGCAGCGCCUCCCCCAUGAGCAGAGUCUCUUUCUCGGAAGAUACGGCAGUCCUAGGCGGCUCAAUAGCAGGGACCAGUGGCAAUUGGAUCAGCGGCUGGAGUUCUUCCACUCAGACCGUUAACGAGGACGACGAGGAGCCAGAUGAUGGCGAACGAGGCAUAGAAGCGGGUUCUCAUCAGGAAGAUGGUACAGACGCCGGGGGCCGUCGACAGUCAAUUGGACUUGAGUCAGGGCCAGGAAGUGCUCUAGCACUUCUGCGAGACGUUAGCACUCGCUCAUCUAGCAGGGUCACCACUUUCAGCUCGUUCCCCUCGUCGAAGGCAAAUGGCAAGCAAAGGGAGGUGGAAGAGGAAGACAUCGUGACGCUAGGACCAAGACUUAGAGGCAAAUGUCGAGCGCACCUACUUUGUCUUCACCACAGCCGGCAAGCCGGUCUACAUCAGUCGCCGACUUACGCUGCCUGGAGGCCUUCUCGAUGGCAAAGGACAACGAAGAAGAGCCAACACUUUCGAGCGUGAAAGAGAGGCCGGAAUGCAAGACGAAGAAGAGGAGUCGGCAACAACUCGUAUAGGUGUCAUGACUGCCCUGAUCUCCAUCUUCACGGACGAAGGCGGUGAUCGGCUGCGAGAAAUCGUCUCGGAUCUGGGUCGAAUCACCUUUCUGCAGCGCUCGCCGUUGCUCUUUGCUGGCGUUACCAAAAGUCGAAAGCCAGAGCCGAGCUUCGUCAUGCGAUCGCAUUUGGACCUCUUGCACAACCAGGUGCUGGGGCUCUUAUCGACAGGCCAGCUAAAUGCAAUGUUCAAACGCAAGGCUAGCGUCGAUCUCCGAAGGCUUCUUGAGGGAACGGACCCCAUCCUC